AUGACUACCGACACGACGCAAGACUCUCCCCGAGUCGAGGGGCCCCCGCGCCUGACUCGGCUGGCGCUCUUCAAACAUCGCCUCGAGGAGAUGCGGCAGCGCGGCGAGCCGACCGACGGCAUGUCUCAGCAAGCCCCGUCUGAAUGCGGUCGGCCCACCUCGUCGCAGCGACAGCGUGAGGAAGAGGAAUGGGACAGGCUGCAUCCCGAAUGCAAAGAUCUCAAUCGCCCCUUUUUGCUUACCGAAUCCGCUCACCAGGCCUGGAUGGAGGCUGGUCGGAGGGCCGAGGAAGAGCGGUCUCAAUGGGAUAUAGAGGCCAGGAGUACUAGUACCCCUCCCCAUCACCGCUAUCCCGAAAUCUGGGAACGCGGACACCGCCGCCCGGGGAAGCGACGAGCCGCUGCCAAGGUUGUGGGAUGGGCACGAACGGGUGUCCGCCGAUGCGUUGACAAGCUGCGCGAUCUACGGGCCAGGAAGCCGUGGCGGCACCCACGAGACUUCGAGUACGAUUCGCCGCGCCGCAGCACGGAGGCCAUGUCGCGCUCCCGGAGUCCGUCAAGGAACUGGUCAGACCAUCCUUCUGAGCGUGACCCAUUUGAUGUCCAAGUCGAGCGCGACCGGCUCCAGCUGGAUCUGCUGGCCGCAGCGAGGCCCGUGACCCGGCCGCUCUACCAGACCUUGGAUAUGAACGCCUUCUCCGAUGGGCCAGCCAAGGACCUGACCAAAGAGCCCGAGCAAGCACCAGUUCCCGCGGUGCCGCCCGGCCUCCCGCCUCAUCGCCCCGUCGACGGCGCCGUCGAGCUGGGUAGCUUUCUGGCCUCAUCCGCCUACAUCAUCUCUCUGGGCGGGCCACCCCUCCCAGACCUCAAAUACGGCAUCAUCAUCGUGCCCUGCGGGGAGGAGUCGCUUCUGUUCACCGGCCACGGCGACCACGCCGCCAUGCCCUCCGAGGUCAAAAGAGAGGUCUACGCCAAGAGCAAGGCGGCCGAAGAGGAGGAGGCGCGCCAGGGUUGGGAGCAAAUGCUGCAGUGUUGGGCCAACGGCGCCGCGGAGGACGACGAUGUCGACGACGAGGAGCUCGAAUUCCUGCGCCAAAGGUGGCGCGCUAGGCUGCAGCGCCUGCACGGUACGCCGCCGCGUCCCGACCCGGCGGCCCGGCAGGCUGAGGGCGGCAAUCCAGACGAGAUCGCAUCUCUGGCCGGCCGGAGCAAGGGAAAGGCGCCGGCUGACGGAAUUGAAUCCGUGGCUCGGGACGAGAACUCCCUUGUUGCCGCCACGGGUGCAAGAGCCGAGACUCAAUCCGCAAAAGGCGAGCCCGAGGGUCAACUCGAUCAGGGCGGAGCCUCCAUCGUCAUGCCCGAGGAGGAGGAAGCAUCUUCAUCCUCCAACAAGGAGCACGCCAUCGUGGCGGGCCCAACCGGGGACCGCAAAACGGCUGCCGAAUCAGACGCGGCCGAGGAAGGGCACUCCCACCCCACGCUCCCCCUCGAGCAAGAGAACGAGGCACACAGCGCGCCCCAGCCGUCUCUCAAUCCCACAACACCAGCAAAUUCACCCUCCACCAACAGCAAGAACGAGGCCGCACAUACCGCCACCAUCACCGCCGCUGCCGAAGGCAACAACAAUGAUACCAACGCCAACAACAACAACGACGCCAAGGAGCCCCAUCUCCUCCGCCCCAGCCUCAGCAACCAAGACAACACCACCACCGCAACCGCCAGCGCCACCGCAGCCGCGCCCGCGGCCGAGCUGAGCCCCCCGGCCCGCCAGCUCCUCGAGACGCUCCUCCGGGCCUUCGGCGCACAGCAGGACCGCGCCAAGACUGCUCAGCCCAAAACCAGCAGCAAGAGGAGCAGCGCGCACCGAAGCCGUGGCCGUGACCGGGAGGGAAGAAGAGAUCGGGCAGGAGGAGGAGGAGGAGGAGGAGGAGGAGGAGGAGGACUCGAGCGCAUCAAGACGCUGAUCCAUCCGAAGGCGCGGAGGCGCGUGGUCGCCGGCGGCGGCGGGGCGCAUUUGUCGCCCGUGCCCGCGGUUGCGGGUGUUGUUGGUUGUGCCGAAGAAGAAGGAGGAGGAGUAGGAGAGCAGGGCCGCCGCGGCGUGCUGCUUGAGGUUGCGGGCGUGUUGGUGAGCCUGGCGCGCGGUGAGAUGGGGGAGAAUCCUGGGGUGGAGGGGCGGAUUUGGGAGCGGGUGAGGAAGGCGUUGGAUUUGGAGGUGGUGUGA